CAGCCGUACUGGAUAUUGGGAGCAUGCCUUGGCAGCAGCUAUUGCGCCCGGGUCGAAUGGUUGCAUCAAUCGACAGCUGCUGAAGCGACGGUCAUAGCCAGCCCGGGAAUGGUGCGGAGUCUCCGAGGGACUGGUAUAUAAUGUCCAUCAAAGUCCUCCCAAAUGAUCUUCACCAAGUUGCCAUUCACAGUCUCUUGUACUACAUCCACAGAUCAGCACUUUGCAUCAUCUUCCACCAGCAGCAUCCCAAGCUCCAAUCCAAAUCAUAUCAAAAUGAAGUGGCUCCUUGCUCUCGUUCCCUUUGUUGCCGCCGCCCCGGCCAACCUUCCCGGUAUUGAGUUUGGUGAUGCACCACCCGCAGGCCAGGUCACCAUCCGUGGUGUCACCUAUGGUGGAACUGGAUGCCCCCAGGGAACCAUGAGCAGCCAGAUCUCUGCUGACAGGACCACCGUCACCCUCAUCUUCGACUCGUACAUUGCCUCCAUCGGCCCCGGUGUUGCCGUCACCGAGCAGCGCAAGAACUGCCAGCUCAACGUCGACAUCCAGUACCCCGGUGGCUUCCAGUACUCCAUCCUCAGCGCCGAUUACCGCGGUUACGCCUCUCUGCAGAAGGGUGUCAGCGGUACGCUCAAGUCGACCUACUACUUCUCUGGCCAGACUGCUCAGUCCAGCACGGAAUACAACUUCGUCGGCCCCUUGACUGGCGACUACCUCAAGCACGACGAGGCCGACAGCACCUCCAUCGUCUGGUCUCCUUGCGGAGCUUCUGGUGCCUUGAACAUCAACUCUCAAGUCCGCCUCCAGUCCUCCAGCUCAAGCGCAACUGGUCUGCUCACCACCGACUCCACGGACCUCAAGUUCGCCCAAGUGGUGUACGUACAAUGGCAGAAGUGCAACAAAUAAGUAAGUGGACGCUGAUGGGUCUUGACCAGGGAGCGGGAUUACCAUAGGGCCAGCUUCAUCUCUGUCCGCAAAUGGGACGCCUUCAAUGUUGACGACCUGGUCUGGAGGAAGUGCCCGGAGGCAUGAGCUCGUCAUGGCCUCUAUGCAUACAUUUCUUUUUGUUCUUUGCUUCAGGGGGCCCCCAAAUUAUCCUGCUAGUUCUGACGAAAAUAAAUGUGCUUUGG